CCCAGCCUCCGGGCCACCCUGGCCGCGGCGCUCCGUCAGGGAAGAGCUGGGCCCUAAAGCCCGCGCUUCGCGCCUCUCUCCAGUCCCAGGUCCCUCCCUGGCGCCCGGAGCGCCCUCGGCGGCUUCUUUUCCUCAGCCGCCCGAAGGAGGACCUGGUUGGAGCUUUGGGCCGGCUGCACAGAUGGAAGCCUUGGAGCCCAGGCCGCGGAGGCUGGGAGGCUGUGGCAGGCUCGAGGAGCUGAAGGUGUCGCCCGCCCUCAGCACAGGGAGCCUCCCUGCCGCCUCUGGAGAUGGGCACCUCGGGGUCCCUGACGGCCAGCGGGUGCCCUCUAGGCCCCAGGAGGCCGCGCCCACCAGGGAGACGGCCCUGACCAUCUGCCUGCAGGUGACCCUGCCCUUUGUCCUCGCGGGCCUGGGGCUGUCCUGGGCUGGCGUGCUGCUGCACUACUUCCAGCACUGGCCCGUGUUCCUGGAGGUGAAGGACCUGUUGACGUUGGUGCCACCCCUCGUGGGGCUGAAGGGGAACCUGGAAAUGACACUGGCCUCGCGGCUCUCCACCGCCGCCAACACGGGGCAGAUCGACAGCCCCCGGGAGAGACACCGCGUCAUCAGCAGCAACCUCGCCCUGGUCCAGUUGCAGGCCACCGUCGUGGGGCUCCUGGCUGCUGUGGCCGCCCUGCUGCUGGGCGCUGUGACGAGGGAGGAGGUGGCCGUGGCCCAGGUGGCCCUGCUGUGCGCCAGCAGCGUCAUCACCGCCUUCCUGGCGGCCUUCGCCCUCGGGGUGCUCAUGGCCUGCAUAGUGAUCGGCGCCCGGAGGCUGGGCGUCAACCCCGACAACAUCGCCACGCCCAUCGCGGCCAGCCUGGGGGACCUCAUCACGCUGUCCAUCCUGGCCGUGGUCAGCAGCUUCUUCUAUAAGCACACAGACAGCUGGCUCCUGGCCCCGCUGGUGUGCCUGGGCUUCGUGGCCCUGACCCCGCUGUGGGUGGUCCUCGCCAAGCGGAACCCGCCCAUCGCCAGGGUGCUGAAGUUCGGGUGGGUCCCCAUCAUCCUGGCCAUGGUCAUCAGCAGCUUCGGGGGACUCAUCCUGAGCAGGACGCUCUCGGAGCAGCAGUACCGCGGGAUGGCCGUGCUCACCCCCGUCAUAUGCGGCGUCGGUGGCAACCUGGUGGCCAUCCAGAGCAGCCGGAUCUCCACCUACCUGCACGUCCGCAGCACGCCCGGGGUGCUGCCCCUGCCCAUGAAGGGCUCCUGUCCCCGGCCCUGGGCCACCUUCUGCAGCCCAGAGAUCAACUCCACGUCGGCCCGCGUGCUGCUCCUGCUGGUGGUGCCCGGCCACCUGCUCUUCUUCUGCGUCAUCCGCCUGGUGGAGGGGCCGGCGGUGGCCAGCAGCAGGACCUUCGUGCUGCUGUACCUGCUGGCUGGCCUGGUCCAGGUGAGGACACUGACCAGCGCACGAGCUCACUGGGUCAGGCCGCAGGCUUUGUCCCCUGCCCUCGGGAGCCACUGUGCAGCCUGGGCGGUGGGAGCUCCUGGACGUGCGGGCGAGGUCCCCACCUUCCAUGGGUCCUGUCAAGUCACUGACCUUAUUCAAGCCCAGUGGCAGGGUCCAGCCACUCGUCCACUGCCCACUGCACAUGAUGGCACAGGACACACCCAUCCUCGCGCUAGGCAGUGCCAAGGAGGCAGUGUCCAUGGCUCAGAGGACAGGGCAGGCCUGGCCCGCCCGGGGUGCUGCGGAAGACCUGCGCGGCCUCUGGUCAGGGCUGGUGGCCUGGAGGACGGUGGUGUGUGGAUUUGCCCUGGAAAGUUCUGGAAGGGCUAAGUGGCCAG